CCCAGCCGGCAGAUGUCCACCAUGCGCUCAGCUCAGACCUUCUCCUCGGCCCUCGCCGAGAUGCAGAAGUUUUACGGCAUCACUGUCACCGGCGUCCUGGAUGAGGAGACCAAGGCGUGGAUGAAACGUCCCCGCUGUGGAGUCCCAGACCAGUUUGGGGUGCGGACGAAGUCGAACAUGCGGCGGAAGCGGUACGCGCUGACAGGGCGGCGCUGGAGCCAGAGCCACCUCACCUUCAGCAUCCAAAACUACACGGAGAAGCUGGGUCGGUACCACUCGUACGAGGCUGUCCGUCGAGCUUUCCGGGUGUGGGAGCAAGCCACACCACUGGUUUUCCGGGAGGUACCCUACGAGGACAUCCGGCAGAAGCGAAAGAAGGAGGCUGACAUCAUGGUGCUCUUCGCCUCUGGCUUCCAUGGAGACAGCUCCCCCUUUGACGGUGUUGGGGGCUUUUUGGCUCAUGCCUAUUUUCCUGGUCCUGGCAUGGGGGGGGACACGCAUUUUGACUCGGAUGAGCCCUGGACGCUGGAGAACACGGAUGUGUCUGGGAACAACCUUUUCCUAGUGGCUGUGCACGAGCUGGGGCACUCACUGGGCUUGGAGCACUCCAGCAACCCCAGUGCUAUCAUGGCCCCCUUCUACCAGUGGAUGGACACGGAGAACUUCCAGCUGCCUGAGGAUGACCUCAAGGGCAUCCAGCAGCUGUACGGUACCGCAGAUGGGCACCCUCAGCCCACCAAGCCUUUGCCCACCGUGACACCCCGGAGACCUGGCAAGCCAGACCAGAGACCCCCUAAACUGCCUCCCCCGGGGAAACCCGAGCGACCCCCCAAACCUGGCAGCCCAGACCGACCUGACCAGUACGGCCCCGACAUCUGCGAUGGGAACUUUGACACGGUGGCGGUGCUGCGUGGGGAGAUGUUUGUGUUCAAGGGCCGGUGGUUCUGGAGGGUCCGGCACAACCGGGUGCUGGACAACUACCCCAUGCCCAUUGGGCACUUUUGGCGGGGCCUCCCUGGGGACAUCGAUGCUGCCUACGAGAGGCAUGAUGGGAGGUUCGUCUUCUUUAAAGGUGAGCAGGGAAGCUGGGUGGGAGGGCCAAGGCUCUUCCGAGAAGCCAACCUGGAGCCCGGGUACCCGCAGCCCCUGGUCACCUACGGGCAGGGCAUCCCCUAUGACAGCAUCGACACAGCUGUCUGGUGGGAACCCACAGGGCACACCUUCUUCUUCCGUGGGGACAGAUACUGGCGCUUUAAUGAAGACAGCCGCUCAGUGGACCCCGGGUACCCAAAGCCCAUCUCCGUCUGGGUGGGCAUCCCUCCCUCACCAAAGGGUGCCUUCCUCAGCCCAGAUGCCUCUUCCACCUACUUCUACAGAGGCACAAAGUACUGGAAAUUUGACAACGAGCGGCUCAAGACAGAGCCGGGUUAUCCCAAAUCCAUCCUACGGGACUUCAUGGGCUGUCACACAGAGCUGGUCCCAGACCCCCAUCCCCGUUGGCCUGAUGGGGACCGACCCCCCUUCAACCCCGAGGGGGAUGGGCGAGCUGAAGGCGAGGAGGAGGAAGAGGAGGAGGAGGAGGAAGACGAGGAUGAUUAUGGCAAGGGUGGCCGCCAGCCAGGCGGGGACGUGGAUGUGGUGGUGCAGAUUGAUGAGUACACGCGCACCAUGAGCGUUGUCAUGGUGCUGGUGCUGCUGGUGCUGCUGCUCUGCAUCCUCGGCCUCAUCUACGUCAUCGUCCAGAUGCAGAGGAAGGGUGCGCCCCGAAUGCUCUUGUACUGCAAGCGCUCCUUGCAGGAGUGGGUCUGA